UCGUAUAAUAUUUAUAUAUCAGAGCUUGGUGCUGUCCAUAGCUCAGGGAAAAUGCUGCUCCACUGCCUGCUCGUCAUCUGCUUUAUGAACGUUUCUACCGCCCAGCGUCGUCCCUUGAACCCCCAGCAACAACCCCAGCGUGCGCCUAGUGCACCCCUUGGCUCGAGCAGUGACGCGAACAGCGAAGUUAUAAGCCAGAUCUCCGAUAUAAGCCCAGACGGCUCUUACUACACCAAAUUCGAGACCUCGAACGGCAUAGCCUUCGAAGAGCAGGGCCAGCCAAAAAGCGUGGACAAUCAGGGGGUCGCGGAACAGGUGCAGGGCUCAGCCAGUUGGACGGACAACGCGGGCCAGCGAGUGAGUAUCACGUGGGUGGCCGACGAGAAUGGAGCCACCUUCCAGGGCGACCACCUGCCCACCUCGCCCCCGGCCCCGGAGAUCCCACCCCUCAUUCGGAGAGCCCUCGAGUGGAUAGCUGCCAAUCCCCCCAGGCCCGACGAGGAGGGCCAGUACAGGGACGAGGAUAAUUACGACCGGCCACUCGCGGCCACUACUGCCCGGCCGACGCAGCAGAACCUCCUUCAGAGGCGACCACCCUCCAGGAGAUUUUAGUGAUUAUUCCAUACACUCGAAGAAUUCACCCACGAAAUGAGACUCGCCGUGCACUAUAUCAUGCUGAAAUAUAUCACUGAACCGCGCUAUUUUUAUUUCGUUGGGGAUUUUUUUUUUGGUGCACGUAAUUUAUAUAAUGAUGAUGGAGCCAGUUACUGUCUUACAAGGAAAUGCAUUCGACUAAAUUACCAUUGUCAAGCCAGAUAUUCAAAUGGCAAUAAUGUCA